AUAUAAAAACCGUUAGCCUACGUACGAAAAUAUAAACGCGAAAAACAGGGAAUAGAAAAUUCUAAAAUCUGGAUAAGCGUUAGAUACUGAAGAUGUUGACUACAGUGUGCGUAGCAGUGAUAGUUUGUGUUGGAGUUUCAGUUGCGCUUCCAACAACGGAGGCACCUGUGAUGCCGUGCAUUUGCACAAUGGAGUACAUGCCUGUUUGUGGUGUGGACGGGAAAACUUACGGCAAUAAAUGCGCAUUGAAUUGUGCCGGUGUGGAGCAAGCCCACGCUGGUGAAUGCAGACCUCUGUGCGCAUGUCCACGCAUCUACAAGCCCGUUUGUGGACAGGAUGGAAAAACUUAUCCAAACCAGUGCGAACUAAACUGCGCUGGUGUAGCACUGUUUGAGGAGGGACCAUGCAUUGCAACUACCCCUCAGUUCGAUUUUGCACCUGAAGCUCCAUGUAUUUGCACAUUUAUCUAUCUACCGGUGUGCGGUGACGGCGGUGUGACGUAUGGUAAUGACUGUACCAGGAAAUGCGCCGGCGCUGGCCUGUUGCACGACGGUGCAUGUGAUGGAACAGAAACAAUAGCACUUACCAAACCCCCAGCGAAAUAGGAAUUGUUGGUGCAAUGGAUUCAACGAAAUAGUGAAAACUAUUAAUAUUUGGAAUUCUAUAUUUCAUUACAAUCAUAAAAUAAAAUGACUUAGUUAACUAUCCAGAACUUGAUGCGUAUUACGUUCCGUUGACUGUCUGAACAUUUUAAAGAAUCAAAUACAAAUGAAAUAAAGGAGGAAUUACAAUAAAUUAGUUUUCAUAGUGUGAACUUAACAGGAUUUCAAAUAUUAAGAGUUGGCCUCUUUUAGGUUCAAGCAUGUAACGUUAUGUGUAUUUUUAUCACCUUUGUUCACCAUUUGAAUGUAAUACUGCAUUUUUAUAUGCAAAUAUCCAUUUUGUGAUAAAUAAAGAACUUAGAUUUCU